GUAAGAAUGUUUGGCUUGAAAAACAAAUUCACAAUUCAUUGUGAUAUACAGUAUAAGGAACAACUAUGAUCAGGUUUUCUGUUCUAAUCUGCCUAUCAGUGCUGCUGUUCAGCAGCUCAGCCAAGCCAUACAGGCCCAAGGAUAAAGUUUUGGGAAAAGCCGUUCAAGACACUAUGGAAUCUGAUUAUUUUAAUGGAAAGAUGAGGCUGGGAAUGAAGGAGGUGGAGCCACUAGAGGACAUGGAUAAUACAGAUUAUGUCAUUGAUCCCAGCAUGUCGAUAUGGAAAAAUGUAAAAGAUGAAGUACGACAGAAAUACAACAGACCUGAGGAGGAUAAAGAUGCCAUCUACCACCCUUUUGAAUUAAAACUUCCGGCUGACUCCAAACAGUCUGGAUCCUACCUUCAGCCACAUGAUCAGGUACGGUCGUAUGAUAAACCAGAAGAGGACAGGGAUCAUCUGUACCAUGGCAUGUUUGACAUAAUUGGUAAUGAAGAAACAAUGGAAGUGGAAAAGGAUGCUCAAGUGAACAGAGAUAAUGUCAGGCCUAUGUACCUAAGCCCUGAAGAGGACAAAGAUGAUCUGUACCAUCCAGAUCUCACAGGACAACAGCCUGACCAGCAUGCGCCACUGAAAACGUUCCCUAUUCACCCUAAAAAAGUGCACACACAGCCAGAAAUAGACUUGGAUGGUGUUUAUCAUCAGUAAGCAUAGUGAUGAAACGUCUAAACUAAAUGGUGUCUACUGUUUCAAACCUAAAUUAAAUGUUUAGAUAUAGAAUUAAGAAUAAAGAAAUGUAAAACAUGUAUGUUCAUUAUAUAGCUCUCAAUUAGCCAGUAAGUAAGUCUUUAAAUGUACUUAUUAGAUCUGUUUUAAAUAAAUGAAAUGUGUUGUGUUUUAAUGAG